AUGACUACCUCCCGCAAUAUACUGCGUCCCGGGCAAAACCGCGGACGCAUUGCAAAGGCCUACUUGGCCCACCAAUCCAUGUUCAACCCGCAAUCACACCACUUACGUCGUCCCGUGACGCGCAACCACACGAUUCCUAAACUGCCCAGUGAGUACUUUCCCUCGCUCCUCCUCGGGGCCCACCUCCCCUCCGCAAUAAAAAACGUUAACGCAACACUAACAUCAAUGCUGGAAUCCUGGCACGACUGCGCUGUCCGCGAAGACUACGGCCAGGGCCUGAUAUACCAGCUCGAAGACACGCUAUGGUGGGCCGCCCAAGUCACGGCUGUGCUGCGCGUGGAGCUUCACAAUAUACGCGAUGCCUUACCUUGGGAUUGGGGUGCGUUUUGCAUAGUGCACGCGCAGUUCUACGGUGAGUGGAUGGAAAACGGGGUGAUAGGUCGGAACGAUUUGGUUAUUGUGAGGACGAUGGAGAGGGCGGCUAAGUACUUGGGUUUCGGGCUUGAUGCUGAGCGAAAGGAUGAGGCGUUUGAGUGGUUGCUGGAUGUGUUUGAGCAGGAUGAGGUGAGUAGGCUGGGGGUUGUGGAAGUGCAGGCGGAUGGCGAUGUGGUUAUGAGUGGGGUGGAAGAGGAGGAGCAUGUGGAGUGCGAUGCGACGUGCUCAUCUACUCCCAACGAGAAGCAGUUGAGCUUCAGCAGCGGUACUGGGAGCUUAACAUGGUUUGUUGAUUUCUCUCCAGCGGCGGCCGUGAGUGCGUGGAGCAUUCUAUGUGGACCUCAAACUGCGCCUACUCUCAGCCGCUUCGUGCUACAGCCGACCGAGGCGUUCGAUGGACUUUGGGGUAGCGGAGCACCUGGAAACAGCAUGUCGGUGUCUAGCACACCAGCGAGCACUAUAUCGAGCGGGAAAGGGAUGGCCGAAGUACUUCCCACUGGAUUCCAAAGUCACUCUGCUGCAUUAAGGCCAGACCCCCCGGUGCCAAAGCAGUAUACCCCUCGAGCUCCAGCACAACCAGGCGUCGUACCAAAGCCCUCAUUCCGGUUUUCCGGCCUGCGGAUUUGA